GCAAACUCAAUCCAAACGUAAACAAACGAUUUCCGCAUCUGAUUCGCGUGAUUCUACUCGUUUUUCGUGUUUUUCCACUCAAUUUCCCGGAUAAAAGUAUUAAAACCUGUAAAAUAGUAUAAAAUACAGUGCGUCCCAACUGGCUGAACAUGUUGGGCCUUCAAGCGUACGCUAGUGGAAGUGGUAGCAGUAGCAGCAGCGGCAGCAGCAGCGAUGACGAUUCAGAAUCCGAACAACAACAGCAAACACCAGCGGCUCCAAGAGCACCCAAAGAAGAGGAACUGGCCCACCUAAGAAGAGGAACUGGCCCACCUGAAACCCAUCAAGGAUCAAUCGAUGUCGGUGGCGAAAUCGCUGCAAAUCUGUGCCGCACCGGUGGUGGUACCGACGGAACAAUCCGACGUUUCUCGGAAGCUUGCGCCUAGUGUCAGCGAACUGCACUACAAUCCUCGAUUCGAAGAGUUGUUUGCUCCUGUUGCCGGACCAGCUAAUCCGUUUCUUACGGAACAGAUGAAAGCCCCGAAAAAUACGUUAACUGGAUUUGUGGAGAAGGCGCACAUCAGUGACUUUCAGUUCGAUAACCAGCGGAAAACCUUCCACAGUUUUGGAUAUGCUUUGGAUCCGUCGGUCGAUACGGCUGCUGGGUCGGAGGCGGGGCCAAGCUACGUAGGACACUUGCAGGCCGCUUACGAUACGGACGGGAAGACGGUGUUCGAGUCGAGCAAGCCGAACCGGUCGGGGGACAAACGGAAGCGAGUCAAGAAUGCCAAUCCGGAAGACGUGGAAGGUUUCCUAGGUCCUUGGGGAAAGUUCGAGGACGAGGAAACGGUUUCCCGGCCUAGCGAGACGGAACGGGCCGAGAUCGAGGAGAUGAUGGCCAAGAAGCAGCGCCGGAAUCGGGUCACCGAAGAUAAGCCCAUCGAGGAGAAAUCGGUUCUUCACAUCAAGGACUCGGUCGAUUACCAAGGCAGAUCCUUCCUGCAUCCUCCUCACGAUUCCGGGGUCAACCUGCGCAAGAGCAGCGCUCCGGAUCGGUGCUUUUUGCCGAAGGCUCACAUCCACACGUGGACCGGACACACCAAGGGCAUCUCCGCGGUCCGGUGGUUCCCCGUUUCGGCUCAUCUGCUGCUGUCCUGCAGUAUGGAUGCUCGGAUCAAAAUAUGGGAAGUUUACAACGAGCGGCGGUGUGUUCGGACCUACUCCGGCCACAGGCAAGCCGUGCGGGAUGUCAGUUUUAACAAUCGGGGCGAUCGGUUUGUGUCGGCCGGGUACGAUCGCUACCUGAAGCUGUGGGAUACGGAGACUGGGGAUGUGAUAUCGCGGUUUAGCUCGCGGAAGAUCCCCUUCUGCGUCAAGUUCCAUCCGGAUUUCAACAAGCAGCAUUUGUUCGUGGCCGGGACGUCGGAUAAGAAGAUCAUUUGCUGGGACACCCGCAGCGGCGAAAUCGUCCAGGAGUACGACCGGCAUCUGGGUGCCGUGAACACCAUCACCUUCGUCGAUGAGAACCGUCGCUUCGUGACCACCUCGGACGACAAGAGUUUGCGCGUUUGGGAGUGGGACAUUCCGGUCGAUAUGAAAUACAUUGCCGAUCCCACGAUGCACUCGAUGCCGGCGGUCACACUUUCGCCCAACGGAAAGUGGCUGGCGUGUCAGAGUUUGGACAACAAGAUUGUCAUCUUUUCGGCAAUCAAUCGGUUCAAGAUGAAUCGCAAGAAGACCUUUACCGGUCACAUGGUUUCCGGUUAUGCGUGCAAUUUGGACUUUUCGCCGGAUAUGAGCUACCUGGUGUCCGGAGACGGCGAUGGAAAGUGCUACAUUUGGGACUGGAAGACGACCAAGCUGUACAAAAAGUGGCAAGCCCACGAUAACGUUUGCAUUGCGGCGCUCUGGCAUCCGCACGAAGCCAGCAAGCUCGUGACGGCCGGCUGGGAUGGAGUCAUCAAGUAUUGGGACUAGAUGGCUUGGCUGUACAACGUGAGUACCUACAUGUGCGUGAGUAUGGGAGGGUUUUAUUGAUUGGAAAACAUAUGAGAUGAUCGUUUAAUGUGAUACAA